AGUGUAGAUUCAUCGAACCGCUCUGCUCGCCCACUCUCGUUCAAUUUUCUCCCACUAGUCGCAUCCUGUCUGCCUCCCAGCUCCAACGCUACCGUUCGCUAGCUAAUAAGGGAGUAGCAAGUAAUUCUUACUGAGGAAAAUCUGUUUUGAUAUCUCAGCAUUAUGUAAUUGUGCUUAUUAAGUCGUUUGGGAAAAUGAAUUUGCGAUUUUUUCGUGCCAACGCGCCUCUUAGAAGACAACAUUCCCUGUGUAAAGACCGCUUUUUCACUUCGACCUCGGCAGCCGAACGGGUGUAGCAAGUCAGUUCGUUUUGACAAGCGAGUGGCUCAUCUGUCCUCCGCCGCCUCUGCUGCUCUGUGACUGGGGUGGGGGAUUUGGACAAAGCCAGUCCGAUGUUGGACGGUAAAAAUAACCUCGGAACUCAAACGUUUUUACACCGGGUUGUGAAAUUGAUUUAUCAAGCUGACCAUCUGUCGUGAAAGUGCCAGGAAUAAGGGGAGGAGUAAGGUCUAUUUUUGGAGGGCGAGAGUUUGGAUCUCGCACGGAGACCCGCAGAAAAGAAGGGACAUAGGGGGAGACGAUCCUGAUGCCAGUGAUGGCAAACGAGCCGAUCAUCCUAAAUGUCUAUGAUAUGUACUGGAUCAAUGAGUUCACCAGCACUCUGGGCAUCGGAGUCUUUCACUCAGGGAUCGAAGUCUAUGGAAGAGAGUUUGCCUAUGGCGGACACCCGUAUCCAUUCUCAGGGAUCUUUGAGAUUACACCUGGUGAUGCAACCGAACUUGGCGAGACCUUUAAGUUCAAAGAAGCCAUAGUCUUGGGCAGCACAGACUUCACAGAGGAGGAUGUGGAGCGGAUCGUGGAGGAGAUGGGGAAGGAAUACAAAGGCAACGCCUACCACCUCAUGCACAAGAACUGCAACCACUUCUCCUCAGCACUGUCAGAGAUCCUGUGUGGCAGGGAGAUCCCUCGCUGGGUCAACCGCCUGGCCUACUUCAGCUCCUGUGUGCCAUUCCUCCAGAGCUGCCUGCCCAAAGAGUGGCUGACCCCGGCUGCCUUACAGUCCAGCGUCAGCCAGGAGCUCCACGGAGGAGGAGAGCUGGAGGAGGCCGAGGACGCCGCUGCCACAGCCUCCCUGGCAUCCAUGUCGCCCUGCUCACCCUCAUCCUCCUCCAGUCCCCCCUCUUUUCCUCGUCAUUCCCGCCACCAGCCCCGCCGGUAGAAGCUGCAAGGUCUUCUGGGAAACGUUGGGGCUGGACUUGUGGUUACAGAGACUGUCAGGUAACAGAAUACCUGCAGCAGCUGAUGAAUCCAGCUACAGCCAAAAGUCCUGUCAGACUGUCCUUGAGCAAGGCACUGAACUGCUUCCUGCUCUUGGUAAGAAUGUCAGCCAAAUCUCUACAAUGAUCCAGAGCAGUGGGAGCAGAAGGGUUUUUCCUCUCAAGGGGAAGGAACUUUUGCUGCUGACAAAGGCAGGAUCAUCUCUCAGUGAACAUGGCUGAUGGAUUCCAACAUCCCAUCCAAAAUCGAAACUGUUUCCCCUCAAGACUCUUUCAUUAUUUUACCAGCCAACUUGCAGUGCAGAAUGGAAGCAAUGCUGGUUGUUUAUCCAUCAAAGUGUUUCAUAAUUUAGCAAAAUUUACCAGCCACAUCCAGAUUUUACCAGCAGUUGGUGGAUGGUGCUACUUCCUACUUUUUAUUUUUUUAAUUUUUUUAGUGGAAACCAGUGAGAGGGGAUGCUGAAAAAGAUGCGUGGGUUUGGGCCAGUUUAUAACCAUGAGCCCAAGCCAAAGGACUGAUUUGACAGAUUUGAUGUAGAGUAAUCUUUAUGUUUAGGUGUUUCCAAAACUAUUCGACCAUCCAACAAGCACUUGUGAUGGAGUAUAGUGGCACCUUUAGGGGUCACCAGAUGAUUAAAGGGAUAAGAAAGAAAAUAUUUGUUACAUAAAAUAAUGAUUAUUAUUUCUGACUUUUCACAAAUUUUUCGCUUUUUUUCUUGUGAUGUACAGCAUAGUUUUGCCUCUUCAGGCCUCUAAAAAAUCAUUCGAAUGAAAUAACCUGAGAAGGAAAAGUCACUGUUUGGAUGCAGUUUAUUGAAAUGCUCAGAACUCAUGUUCACACGAAGGCCGUGACUGGGGAUGAGGGGUCACAAGUAGACAUUGCUUACUGGUGUUAAUGGUGUAUUCACAUUAUCAUGGAAAAACAGAUUUUGCGCAUGGUGCUGAAAGUUAAAAUUUGUUGAACUUUGACCUUUUGUGGGCGCAGCCAAUCGUUCAAAUCGUGGCCAGACAAAAAAAGAUAUUCUUUUAGCGGAAUAUCAGAAUGCAGAUGCAGCUACCAGAUUUGUUACAAAAACACUGUUUGAGUCUCAGAAACAUAUCGAUCUACUGCUAGCAACAUUAGCAUAUUAACUACAGCACCACAGUGAGUUCUGGAGUGGUUAAUACUGCAAGACCCUUUUUUUCUGCUGUAAUGUGAAUACGCCUUAAAGGAUCUUUUCAUAUUGAACAUCCAUACAGUCUGAGAUUUUUUUGGAGAAUGUAGUGGACAUUAAAGCACUACUGAAUGGGUCUCAACACUCAGUUAUGGUAGUUGACCCACAUCAAGACACUGAAUCCUGAACGAGAAACUGAUGCAAAAGCAAACUUUUCUAGACUUUUGUUUGUUAUUAUAGCUUUAAAUUACCACUAGCUAAGCGCUGGUUUAAUUUGAUCUGUGGCUGGUAAAUGUUUGGACUGCCGCCAACUGUAGUUAAGAUGUCCUAAAUAAUUCCCUGGUAAAAUUUUGAAAGCAGCAAGUGGAGUUUGGAAUCUAUACGCUUUGCCUCAACAUGCUGUGUGUGCAUCAGGACCUCAGCCUUUUGUUAUUUUUCUCUCACAGCAAGCUGGAUAGACUUAAGCCAGAACUACAAUCAGCCUCACUGUCUUCAAACGCCACAUAGACACAAAUAAACUGAUCUAGCACCAGUGUCUAAAUGGGUGAAAAUCCCUAACACAAUAUGGAUGGGUUUAGUUCCAGGUAAUCUUUGCUUCCCAAAUCCCUUUCUUUGUCCCUUUUUUAUGUCAAAUCUGUAUCGCCAGUUGUCAGGUAUCUAUAGCAGCUCUUAAAAUCCUACCUGCCCAUCAUGGAAUAACCACACUGAUUUUAGAAAACUGAACCCAAUGAAGCAGAUUUAUAAAUUGUAUCAGCCUGUAAUGUAAUAAUUAUUUCUUCCAAUAAUGUAGUAUGGUCAUUUCUUUUCUUUAAGAAUUAGGUUGCAGGGCAGGCAGUGACUUAGACCUUAGAGAAGACGUUUUGUUACCAGAAGGUUCUGAGUUUAAGAGAGUGAAUUCUUUCUCAGUAGCAACCGCCAAGGUGCCUUUGAGCAAGGUACUUAACCAUGCUCCAGUGGCCAACAGUAGACUGUGGUUGUACUGGACUGCUCCCAGUUGUCAGUGUGUUCAUCUUUGUAAGUGUAAAGCAAAAUGUUUCGUCUUUACCCGAGUAAUUCAAGGUUAAAGUUUACAUUAAGGACAUGACGUCAGCCCAUAACGAUUUGUAAUCUACAUAAGUGUCUGAAGAAGACAGGCACUUGAAGCAAAGGAAGGGAAUUUGAAGAAGAGAGUGUCUUAAAAUGGGAACUGAAUCCCUCUUUAACUGACCUGCCAUCAGCCCGCACUCCUGACAGUCAUUUAAUUCACAUCUGUGUCCAGUUAGAGAUGAUGCACAUUGGUGUUAACACAUUUUAAGUUUUAUUUCAUGAGACUGUACUUUCAUUUCCUGUCUGGAAAAACUCACUGAAAUCAUCAGUCAGUCCUUGAACUUCUUAAUCACCUUAAAAACAUGUAAAGUAUAAUUUUACGUUUCACAAGAAGAUGCUGCUUUUCCCAAAUGAUGAGCACCUCAUUUCAGACUCUAUAUAUGCUGUCAACAACAACAUGUAUGCUGCAUAAUGUGUAUUGUCCCAAACAAGAGCCUUGGAUGUGUUGAAAGCAUAUUUCUCAAUAGAUUUGGCCUGUUUUGCUGCAAGGCUGAGGACUGGACUACACGCAGGAAAACUGUCAGACCUUGUUUGUUUGUUUUUUUGGUUUGUUUUUUUUAACCUUUAAUGUAUUUCUAUGAUAUAUGGACUCUGGCCUUUUUGUCUGUUUUGUCUGUUUGAUAAACUCAGGACUCCAAAAGGCUUUGUAAUAUAAUAAUCCUUUUAACUUUUUUAUCCCACAUAUGUUUGCGUUAUUGUUGCUUUUUCUAAUGCAGUAGUCACUCCAUAGAGGUUUUCAAGAACGCACUGUGGCAGUGCAGUUUUAUACUGUCUUUGAUUAAAAAAAGAAAGAAAAAAGAUAAGCUUUUGUUUACAACCUGGAUGUUUGUGUGUGAGCCUGUGCUGCUCUUUGUUUUCCUAUCUGUGCAUGAAUGUGUGAGUGUGCGUGCACACUUGUAUUAUAAAUGGUUAGUAUCAACAAGCUGCCAACUGGGCCACAUUUCUCUACAUUAAACACACACAGAAGACAUCCAUCUUAACAAAUGUAGCAGUGUUUCCAAGGUUUUUUGUUUUGUUUUUUUUAAUGUUGCCACAUCUUCAAGAGAUUGAAUUUCUUUAAACCAAGUAAACUUUUUGUCCUCAAGCUAAACUUAGGACAUUUUCAGUAACAUUAUUUUGAUGCAGUGUCAGAUACUUUUGCAGAUUUCAACUACUGGUAACACAAUAUUAUUUUCAGGACUUUGUUUUUCUAACAAAUAAACAAAACAGAAGCAGUGUUUAAGCAAGACAUUGACAUUUCUCAUGAAACCAGCAUAUUUAUGUGAUUUGGAGUGAAAGUUUCAACUCAGUGUAUUAUGAACUUAAUUUUAAAUGUUACUUUUUACGUUUGAGUAAGUCUGACUGAAAAAGCAAAUGUUAUUUUUAAUGCACAGACACAGACUGACACAUGUACUGCUCAUGUUGGCGCCCUAUGCUGGCUGUUAUUUGUACUGUUACUUGUCUGUGGUUCCACACACAGACACUGAGGUUUUCCUUAAUUAACCUUCACAGCUUCAGAUAGAUUUCUGCUGGUAUGAUUAUUUCAAAUGAACAAUAUCUCAAACACUAAUUAUCUACCAGCUAAAUUGGAUUAACCAGUAAAUGUAGCCUUUCAUUUCAAAAUGCUGAGGGAGAAAAUUGUUACUUUAUGUUCAAAUCUCAAUAUUUAACAUUUAAAGUACCACAAAUCACCAUUACUGAGACCAAAGAUAGCUAUAAACUUCACCAAUCUUCAAUCUUUUCUGUUGACAGCCAUUGAAUUGUCAUAACACGUGUCCAACUUUUUAAAUUAAUGUGUUUUGGAACGAAACCCUCAUUCUUUGAGUUAAUGUAGUUAUUUCAAUAUAAUAGUAAACAUCCUAUUAAAUGAUUGUUUGUGGGACAUUUGCACCACUUGUGUGAGCUAUGAAUGUAGAUUGGGAAACCUCAGUCAUUCAUAACCCCAGGAAAACAAAAAGACUUCAGCUGUUUUACAGUGAACUUUUCACAGAGCCUUCAGAGGACUGGACCCGAUUUGUACCCUGUUGUAAAGUUAUUAAAGAAAAGUAUACAA